UUGUAAAGUAAAAUACUAAAAUGUUAAUUGUAAACCAUGUGGCCAUGCAGCGUAGCACUACUUAAAUAGUUAAAUAUUGAAUGUAGGUAUAAUGUAAUUAAUAAUGUAACUAAAUAGUGUAUGUUUUAAACCGUUAUAAGUAUACCGACAGUUUAAAUUUCUUUAAUAGCAUAAUAUACCUAACAAAAUAGUUGUUGAAUCAUUAAGUUUGUCAAAAAUAUUCCAUUGAACUUAAAAUUAUGUAUUUAAGUUUAUAUUAUUAAGUGUGGUGUAAAUUUGAUAAUACCUACCACUUAGAAAGCACAACAUUUGUACCUACAUUAAGUUUAUUGGGAAAAUUUCGAUUGGUUAUCAAAUCAAUUCACCAAUGUGAGAACACAAACCAUCUACCAAUGCAAGUGCGUUUAUAUUUGAAUAGAAAGUCAUCCAAUGUUACAGAAUUCAAGGGUAAUUUUACAGUAGGAGUACCUUUUGACGAUUCCUUAAUACUCGAUACAAAUAUUGAAUCUUGGAGUUUAACUGGAGGUUGGAAACCUAAUUCUAAUGUUUACAUAACCAAUAAUGCCUGUUCUAAAGGAAAAUUCAUCGCAGGAAAUGCUUGGGGUACAUUUGCCAAAGCUUUUCAUAUUCCAGGUGGAAAUUGUCCAGUACCAAUGGGUAUUUAUAGUACAUCAACGGGUUAUGACACAUCACUUCUUGAAGACAACAACAUGCCUAAAGUGUACUUUUAUGGAAAAUAUAAAUUUGUAGCCAAAGUAAAAUCAAAAGAUAAUAAACUAGUUGGCUGCAUGGCUUAUGAGAUAGAAUUGUUAAGACCAUGGGAGGUGUAGGUAUCUAAGAAUUGAAGCUAAUAAAUAUGACAUAUGUAAGACCUAAAAGUAGUUGGUGUAAUGAAAUAUUAUAAUUUAUAAUAAUUUUGAAAUAAAAUCGGUGUUUAAUGGAAAAUA